GCAAGCUUAGAGGCGGAAAAAGACCACACUGUGGAUGCUCUAGAAGACACCGAUGGGCACAGCACAUGGCGGCCGGCCCGGAGCGGAGCAGGUGUGCUGCAGCGAUCCUGCAGAGCACAACACAUACGCCCAUCGCCGCCGCCGGGACCAUGGCGACGGAGUCGGAAGGAGACAUGGAGUUCCUCUGGAAGUGGCGCAAGUACCUGCUGCUGCUCGCCACGCUGGUCACCAGCGUCACCUACGUGGCCGGCCUAAACCCGCCGGGCGGCAUCAGGUCCCAGGACGGAGGCAACGCCCCAGAGGCACAGCACGGCGUCCGCGUCGUUAGGCUUGGCGCCGUCAACCCGCCGGUGCCGGCGGUCUACCCGUUUCGCGUCGGCGACCCCGUGCUCGUGCACACCUACGCUGACAGGUACACCGCCUUCUUCUACUGCAACGCGGCCGCCUUCGUCGCGUCCCUGGUCAUCAUCAUGUUCCUGCUUGACCGGCGUAUCAGCGGCAACCGCGUGGGCCUCACCGUGCUCCGCUCCGCCAUGCUGCUCGACCUGCUCGCCCUCAUGGCCGCCUUCGCCGCCGGGAGCUGCCGCAGCGUGGUUGGGUCCAUCUACGUCUCCGCGCUCUUCGCCCUCGUCUUCGCCUACGUAGCCAUCCACGUCCGCUUGGAAAGGAGCAAGAAGCCGGCGGACGAGAGCCACCUCAAGGAGCGCCGCAAGUUCCUGCUGCUGCUCGCCACCUUCGCGACGCCGCUCACGUACGGCGCAGGUCUGUCGCCGCCGGGAGGCUUCUGGAGCGAGACCGGCGCCGGGCACCGCGCCGGCGCCCCACUGCUGCACGACGGGCCAUACAAGAUCCGCUACCACGCCUUCUUCUACGCCAACGCCAACUCCUUCGUCGCCUCUCUUGCCAUCAUCAUGCUGCUCAUGAGCAGCACGCUGAGCGGCCGCCUCGCCAGGUCCUACGCGCUGCCGGUGUGCGUGCUGGUGGAGCUGCUGGGCCUCAUGGCCGCCUACGCCGCCGGCAGCUGCCGGAAGCUGCGAACCUCAAUCUAUGUAUUUGCGCUCGUGGCCGCGGUGGUCUCCUUCCUCCUCUUGCAAUUCCUACUUUAUGUGUUGGCGGACCGCGACCACUGGUUAGAUCGGCUGCCGCGGCUUCCUUCGCGGGUGAAGGUGCUAUUCAAGCCGCUCUGGACAGGUCCGACCGGCUGCGGCAAGGACAAGAGCAAGAAGGAUAAACCGGAGAGCGAGAGGUACCUGAAGCGAAAGUACCUGAUGGUUCUCGGCAUCCUCGCGGCGAGCGUGACGUAUCAGGCGGGUCUCGCACCUCCUGGUGGCACGUCGCCAUCGUCAUCCCAAUUGGUAUACCCACCCACCGUCGCCGGCAACACGGGUUCUGUUUGUAUUAUAUAGUGAUCCGGCCCUGUCCAGCCACCGUCUCCAUGACGAAGUAUCAUGGCGAAUAUUUUUUCA